AUGUAUUUUACCAUUUUAUAUGGCUAAAAUGAUUAAGAUUAGAGUUUGAGAAAUCAAAUAAUAGUAUUUUCAAUUAAUGAAAUUGGUAUAUUCCUUAUUAAUUACGAUUAGUCAUUUCAGGAGUAUUUAUUAUAACAUUGUUUUCUUCUUAAGAGAUUUUCCAAUUCCCAUAUAGAGAUACCUUAAUGAAAAUAUCUUUAAUAAGUGUUUGGUUAUUAAAUUUAAUUAAUAUCACUCUAGCUUAAUCAUUCAUUUACAAAAGUACUUAAAAUUCUGUGGCAACAACCUUCAUAGCUUUGUUAAGUAUAGAUAUUUGAUAAUAUUUUAAGCCACUGGAUUAAUUUUUAGUUUAUUUUUGAAGGAUUAGUAGAAUAUUUAUUAGCCAAUUAUAAUUAUUAUUUGA